GAGAUGAUACACGUGGAGCAGGAGACCCCACAGCCAGAGGAGAUCGAGCAGCAUGAGACCCCGAAGCCAGAGGAGCCGCCCAAGGAUGAGUCGCCCAAGGAGCCUGCGUGGGAGAGCUGGAUGCAGGGAGGUCACGGCCAGGGGAGCUAUCACGUGCGAGGUCAGGGGGCAGCCGAAGAAGAACGACUCCAGGCUCCAGACUCCAGGGACCACACGCCCCAGGUCACGAAGAAGAAAGGUUCGAUCCCAGACGUGCCAGAAACAGACGACGAGCUCAUGGGUGAUGCUGGCGCGGCGCAUGCACCGUGCUCGGACGCGAAGGGCGACGACAACAAGAAGGGCGACUCGUCAUACUGGGCUGAUGUAUCUGAAAUGGUGCGACCUCCAGCAACUGGCCCUUUGAAGGGGCCCACGGUUUGCCCCUCGUCUUCGCGAGACUACACCGUGGACAGCGCCGAGGGCAUCAUGGAAAAGGCUGGGGUGGGAACAUCAUGCAAGGCCAUGGCAAGCGUGCAAGUUCCGCAGUGGGGGCCAACCUCGGACAUGAAGGCCAUCGAGAAGCAGAUCGACGAGAUGGCCAAGCAGGCGAAACAGCAGCAAGUCUUGAUGCGCGAGAUGGCAGAGAAGUCGCUCCCAGCGGACGUCGCCAAGGAGAUGCGGGAGCUGAAGGUCGCACUGGAGAACAACAAUAUUGUGUCCCGCAGUGACAUCUACCAGAAGUACCAGCGCCACCUGCAGUCACUGCCUGAAGAGGAAAAGAAAAAACACAAGGGCACCACCAUCCAGAAGCGCCAGUUCAGGCUGGAGUGGGCGAAACUUAGGCUUACGGAGAUGGAGAAGAAGUACUUCCACUACAAGAGCUACGAGACCGUCAACACGAGAACGGGAACUUACAUGAGCUUCUCGCGCGUCGUACAGGAAGAGGGCGGGCACCAUGACGAGGCGAACGUGAUUGCCGCGCGCAACUACUGUUCAUCAUGCGCUCUCCUCGGAGACGACUGGGUCUACUGGGACCCCAUGUCGCAGCGUCAGAAGUUCCUGUACAUCGAGAUUUCGCAGCGCCAGGAGAUGCGCGAGAAGUGGGAGAUCUUUACGCAGUUCAAUUCAGCUGGCGCAAGCGGGCAGCCAAUUAUCGGGAACGGGCAGACGCCCACUAUCGGAGACGGACAGACUCCAGGAAACGGGCUGCCCGCUAUCGGCAUCGAGACGCCCGCUGAGGAAGGCGCCCCACCCUCGAAGAGGCGCAAGACUGCAGGUGCUCUCACCGAGGUGAAGCAGGAGCCGCCCGAGGAGCCGCGCGAGGAGCCCAAGCAGUCCGAAAAGAAGGUGCUGACCGAGGAGGAGAAGCAGUUCAAGAGAGAUCUCCUCAAGGCCGAGAACUCUGCAAGGGCCCUAGUAUCUAAGUACACGCUCGCCAUGGGGGGCGCGGACACAGUGAAGAACGCGGUGAAGAGCAAGCAAGAGUGGAAGUGGCUAGCCGACAACGAUGCCGAGCAGAAGCGCUACCAGGAAAGGAUCGACGAAGUGAUGAACAGCAAGCCGCCAUUCUUCGAGCGCUUGCUUACCGAGGACACGAAGGAGGUGAAAAAAGGCAUCUCGAGCGAGAACCUCCUCAACGAGUACAGGAACAUCGCGAAACGGAUGACCGAGCCGAUCACCAAGCUCCAGCAGUUCCACAAGAAAAUCAUGGAGAACCACGCGACUGAGAAGAAGUUCGUCGGCUAG